GCAACUUUCAGGUUGCACCACUUUGGACUUGAAUUAGUGUACGCACCCAUCUUUUCACCUAUAUAACCUUGUGGUUGGCAUUACGUAGGACAUAACCCAUGAGUGACGAUUACGAUUAUGAUGUGUUGGUGGUUGGAUGUGGAGUCUUUGGCCUUCUGACCUGUUUGGAGUUAUCCAAGCAGGGUCAUAAAGUGCUUGGACUUGAUGCUUAUCCAGUACCUUCUGAAUUAUCGGCUGCUAAGGAUUACAAUAAGAUCAUUCGUGUGGAAUAUCCUGAUGAAUUAUCUGCCAAGUUGGCGGUUGAAGCUUUAAGAUGCUGGGAAAAUGAUGAACUAUAUAAACCUUAUUUCGUGAAAAGUGGCAGAUUGACAUUAACCCCUGGUGAUAGCACCUCAAUUAGAAGCCAAUAUGAAAACAAAAGUCUUGAAAUUUUGGCCAAACUUGGAGUGACGCAAAGCUUCGAAAAGCUUACUACUCCUAAACAAGUUGCUGAUACCAUUAGUCACUUUAAGAAGAAUAAUCUUCCUGCUAAGUUUAACUCUACUUAUAAUGCUGAUUGUGGAACCGGGUUGUCCGCCGAUGCUUUGAAAGCUGUAUAUGAACGAGCCACCACAUCCGGUGCUCAAUUUGUGUUUGGUGACGAUGGAAGAGCUGUUAGCAUCAAAAGUAAUGAGGUAAGAGUAAAAUCUGGUAAGAUUUUCACGGCUAAAAAAAUAGUUGUUACUGCCGGUGCCAGCACUGGUUUGAUUAUUCCAUUGGACAACCAGACAAAAGUAUUUGGAACCUUUGUCACCCACAUCAAGUUAACAGAUGCUGAAUAUGAAAAAUACAAGGAUAUGCCUAUUUUCUUCAGCGCCGAGUAUGGUUAUUUCUUCCCUCCUGACAAGGUUGAUCAUGUGAUCAAGAUCGGAGUUACUACAUGUGAUGCUUGGGCUGAAAUUGAUCACCCAUUCGAAGCUGGAAACAAAUUAAGAGCUCCAAGAUACACCGUGGAUCACCCCAACGAAACAUUUCCAUUGGGACACGAGAAAGAUAUUAAAGUGCUUUUGAAUUUGGUAGUACCUGAGCUCGCAGACCACGAAUUAGUGGAUUCCAAAGUUUGUUGGAUUGCAGACUCGUGUGACUCUUAUUUUCUCAUCGAUGAGUGCCCAUACUACAAAGACGUUAUCGUAGCUACUGGUGAUUCGAGUCAUGCUUUCAAGUUUUUGCCAACGAUUGGAAAGUAUAUUUCCCAAAAGGUCAACGGUGCGUUGCCUGCUGAUUUGUCUGAGACCUGGAAGUGGAGAUCCAAUCCAUCUUUUGAUAAUGGUGCUAAUACAAAGAGUAGAUUCCCAAGGCCUCAUUACAACUUGGAGGAAAUCAAAUUCAUCAAAUCCAAAUUGUGAGGGUUUAUAGAACUAAUAGACAAUAAGAUUUUAUU